AACGACGCUUAUCGCUUGGCACUCACUCGAUAAGACCGCAGCUCAGAGGGAAAUCGAGCGCGAGGAAGCGGGGAGAGGACCCGUCCCGCAUCUCUAGGGUUUAAGGCAGCAGUGCCUGGAAUCGGAGUCUGGCCGGAGGAGUCCGAGGGCCAAAUUUCGACUCAACACAUGUGCAAUCUCUCGCUCUGCUGCCAGCGAGGGAGAAGCUAUGGCUGGGGGAAUCAGCUUGACGCAUGCCUCCAGCCUAGCGAUUUCUGGAGCUUGCAGCGCCGGAUUGCUGGUCCCUCUGGGACCGCGCGGUGUGAAUGUCGUGGUGUCCAGGAGAAUUCGGGAAUUGCUCAUUUCCAGAGCCGGACGAAGGUCCAGUUUUGAAAGCGCCAAGUGGAGAACCGACUUGCAAUGGCUCCGGUCGGGAAUCGCUCCGAGGCGGAGGAAUUGUUCUUCUGGUGAUAAAAUUGGGGCAGGGGUUGUAAAUUGCGCGACAGAGAGCGAGGGAGUGGAGGAGGAGGAGGAUGAGAAGGAGAGGGAGAGGGAGAGGAUGUGCGGAGGCGCAGGGCAGGUGGUAGACGUGGAAUCCUCUGUGAAUUUUGCAGGUUUAGUUUUGGCAGUCACCGCAUUGGGUUUUGCCAUUCCUGCAUUUACCGCGUCCGCGAAUGCUGCUGCAGCAGGGGGCGCGACGAAGAAGAAAAGCAAGGCCGCUAAGGCCCCGAAGGCUGUGCCGACCAUGUCCUUGGAGGAAAGAAAAGAGUGGACCAAGGAUUUGCCUUUAGUGCGCGAGCAGAUUCCUUACUCUGAAUUGCUCAGAUUAAAAGAAGAAGGAAAAGUGAAGCACAUUGUGAAGCAUCCUUUGACGAAUUUGAAAUCCAUCCCCGAUAGAGUUCUGGUCAUCAUGAGCGAUGACCGCGUUGUGAGAACGGUUUUACCAGCUUCCGAAAGAGACGUCAAGUUUUGGAAUAUGUGGGACGAGCUCAAACUCGCAGACGAUGUUAUUGAUGCUUAUUCGCCGCCCUUGCCCGGUCCAGUGGUUGAGGAUUGGGCUCUGAAAGGGCCUUCGCUUCGAGGGUUUAGUGGUGUUGCAACCUGGAUCAGAAAUCUGAGCGUGGAAAAAAAGAGGACGAAAGCACCGAUCACAAAGAAAAGUGCUGCCCGGGCUCGUCUUGAGCAGCUGGAGAGGGAACGCAAACAGGUUCUAGAAGCCCGUCGAGAGAAAGAGCGUUUAGCCAAGGACGAGGCGAAGCGUAGGGCUCGGGAGAGAAAGUAUGCAAGUUCCAAAUUCGCUGGCAUGCAGGAGAGCGAGAGGAAGGAGAGAAUGGCUUUAGAUGAGCAAGCGGAACUGGAACUGAAAUUAGCUCAACAGGUCCAGAGUAGAGAAGAAUGGAGUAACUUUUGGUACAAUGCUUCUCGCAACGAGGGGUUUCGCUUUUUGAUGGGUAUAUUCUUCUUUUGGUUAUUUUAUCUGACUAUCGUUGUUGGUGUGAAGAAACGAAAGCAAGAUUACGAGGACAGGUUGAAAAUUGAACAGUCAGAGGAGGAGGAGAGGAAAAAAAUGAGGGAGUGGGAGCAAGAGAUGGAGACUUUUGAAGCCGUGUCAACUACCAAGGAUUGGGGCAAGGAGGGUAUGAGCGAUGAAGAAAAGAAAAGAAUUGAGGAGGUGGAGAACAAUCCACAGCUGAAGCUCGGUUUGAGAUUUAUGCGUUCUGGUGCAACGGCCCGAAGAGCCAAGGGUCGUAAGCCACCUCAGUAUCUGGAUCUGGAUGCGGACAUCAAAUUCGCAGAUGUUGCCGGGCUAGGGGAUAUUCGUAAGGAGUUGGAAGAGAUUGUUGACUUCUUUACGUUCGGGGAGAAGUACAGAAGACGUGGUAGCAGAAUUCCCGCUGGUAUCUUGCUCUGUGGAGAGCCAGGAACGGGGAAGACUUUACUUGCCAAAGCUGUUGCCGGAGAGGCUGGUGUAAACUUUUUUUCUAUAUCAGCCUCUCAGUUUGUGGAGAUUUAUGUUGGAGUGGGUGCAUCACGUGUUCGGGCUCUUUACAACGAAGCAAGGGACAACGCUCCGGCUGUUGUCUUCAUAGAUGAGUUGGAUGCUGUCGGCAGGCAAAGAGGUCUGAUUGGAGGAUCUGGAGGACAAGAGCGUGACUCAACCUUGAAUCAGCUCUUGACCUGCUUGGAUGGAUUCGAAGGAAGAGGGGAAGUCAUUACAAUCGCUGCUACGAACAGACCUGAUAUUCUUGACUCUGCUUUAGUCAGACCAGGUCGAUUCGAUAGAAAAAUCUUCAUCCCAAAACCAGGAACGAAAGGUCGUGCAGAGAUUCUGAAGGUUCAUGCAAGAAAUAAGCCCAUGGCUGAGGAAGUAGACUACGGUGCAGUAGCUGAGAUGACAGACGGUAUGGUAGGCGCCCAGCUUGCGAAUAUCCUAGAUGUGGCAGCCUUAUCUGUGCUUCGUGAUAGUCGCAAUGAGAUCACAACGGAUGACCUGCUGGAGGCUGCGCAGUUGGAAGAGGGUGGUCACCCAGACCCUCGUCCCCGAAGCACCAAGUUGCUAAAGAUGUUAGCUCUUAACGAGGCAUCCAUGGCGACUUGUGCUGUCAAUUUUCCAGAGUUCAAGCAAAUUCAGUUGCUGACUAUUGUACCGAGGAUGGGUGAGGAGAAAGGAGCAGUUCGUUUUCGACCUGAUCACACUAAGUUUGACCUGCAAUCUAUUGGGCGUCAAGGAAUGCUUGAUUAUAUCACUGUCCAGUUGUCACCUCGUGCGGCGGACGAGCUUUGGAAUGGAGCUGACAAUAUGAGCACGAUUUGGGCCGACACUGUUGACCAAGCGAGGAGUGCGGCUCGAGACUUCGUGUACGCAGGACUGUCAGACCGAAAGGAUUUGUAUGGGCUUUUUGACUGCUGGAACGAAAUUGACCAAGUUUAUGCUGUAGAUGUCGAGGCGUUGAAAAUAGUCAACAGCUGCUACAAACGGGCAUUAGAGAUUCUGGAGCAAAACAAGGACCUUGUCAACGCUCUUGUUGAUCGUCUGGUCGAGGAUCGAACUAUCAGACAAGCUGAUUUUCAAGACAUGGUGGAGAAAUACGGAAACCUUGUCGAGGAGAUUCCCCAGCCGAUUGAUGUCCGGAAUGAGAAACUUGCAGCUUUUAGGGAGGAGAUGUUCGUUGGAAAGCGUUCUUCACGCAAUUGAUUCAGUUAGGGGAGCCUCUGUCACACACACAGAGAUGUGAGCUCUUCUUUCAUUUUUAAGGUAGGGGAUAGAGGCGGAUUAGAACACACGUAGAGAGUUAAUCAUCAGACCAUCGUUACGCAUUUUGCUUAUGGUCUUUGAGGAGGUCACUAUCUAGCACAAUCUGUCAACAGUAGAAUAGGAGCCUCUUACAUGAGUAGCUGAAAGGAUGGUCGAUUCGUUUUACAGAAAUAUUUCCCCACUUUCAGCACAUAAUGGCUUCCAAAGUUUUCCCUCCAAGUUGAGUAAAGGAUGGACCCCAUGUAUUCCACAAGUUUUACAUUGAAGAGCCGAAUGUAGAUCAAUUGACCCAGUCAUUUCUAACGGCACGAAGGCGAGGGACACAGAGGCAAGUGUGGACAAGUGAGUAGGAACACGGAGCCGGCGCUGUCUGCAAGCAGCUGUAAGAGACCCUCAUUGUAAGAUUCAUGUGUAUUUAUCAAGUGAAUGAAAUCUCCUACACAGGAACAUGUAUUAU